ACGAGUGUUCCUUGGGUGAACUUAAAUUACUGAAAAAUGUGGAAAUAGCAUUGUAAACUCAAGUAAGCACCACAUUUUUGCCGCACAGCACCCGGAAAACAGGCGAGUAACCUCCACAUGGCCAACAGAGGGGGCGAGGUGGCGGAGAUCAGGGAGCGCUAUGCCUCGGACAAGGAGAUCCCCAGGUGGCGCAAGACCCGCUUCCUCGUCGUCCUGAUGCUCUUCUCCGGCAUGGCCAAUGCCUAUGUGAUGCGCACCAACAUGUCGGUGGCCAUUGUGGCCAUGGUCAACCACACGGCGAUCUCGGAGGCGGACUCCGGGGCGCAGGGUCGCUCGCUGGAGGACGGGGAGUUCGUGUGGAGCUACAAGGUGCAGGGCUACGUGCUGUCCAGCUUCUUCUACGGCUAUGUGAUCACCCAGAUACCCUUCGGCCUGCUGAUCAAGUACUUCGGGGCACGGCACUUCCUCGGCUGGGGCAUGAUGGUCAACUCGCUGGCCGCACUCUUUGUCCCGAUCUCGGCGAGAUCGGGCGGUGCGGUGGGCCUGUGUGUGGUGCGAUUCAUCCAGGGCCUGGGCGAGGGACCCAUUGUGCCCUCGUCGCACUCGCUGCUGGCCCUGUGGGUGCCCCCCGACGAGAGAUCCCUGGCCGGAGCGGCAGUCUAUGCGGGUGCCCAGUUUGGCACCAUCGUCUCCAUGCCCCUGAGUGGCCUGCUGGCCCACUACGGCUUCGAUGGCGGCUGGCCGUCCAUAUUCUAUGUCUUCGGGGUGGUCAGCACCAUCUGGUGCGUCCUCUUCAUCUGGCUGGUGCAGGAGAGUCCGGCGGUGAGCACUCGCAUCCGGGAGGCGGAGCGGCAGCACAUCCUGCAGGCCAUUUGGCAGCAGAACCAGCCGCUGGAGAUGGGCCAGAUACCCUUCCUGGCCAUAGCCAGGUCGCCGCCCUUCUAUGCCAUUCUGGUGGCCCAUGCGGGUCAGAACUAUGGCUACGAAACGCUAAUGACCAUGCUGCCCACCUACAUGUACGGGGUGCUGGACGUGGACAUCCAGUCCAAUGGGCUGAUAUCCUCGCUGCCCUACCUGGCCAUGUGGAUCCUGGCCAUUGUGUUUGGCAUGCUGGCCGGCUGCCUCAUCCGGCGGCACUGCUCCGUCACGCUGACCCGCAAGUUGAUGAACAGCUUGGGCCAGUACGGGCCCGCCGUGGCCCUGAUCUCGGUGGGCUAUGCCCACCACAGCCUGUGGCUCACCUGCCUGAUCUUCGUCGUCGGCAUGGGCCUGAACGGAGCCAUCUACUCGGGCUUCAAGAUCAAUCACCUGGACCUCUCGCCGCGCUUCGCCGGCUUCCUCAUCGCCAUCACCAAUUGUGUGGCCAAUCUGGUGGGUCUGCUGGCGCCCAUGGUGGCCGGUCAUGUGAUCGACGAGAAGCCCGGCGUGGACAACUGGCGGAUUGUCUUCUUCAUUGCCGCUGGUGUCUUCGUCUUCACCGCCAGCUUUUACAAUGUAUUUGCCAGUGGCCGGCCGCAGUGGUAGAAUCGAAAUUAAUAAAGAAAAAAG